CUAUUUUACAUACCCAACCCUGUUAUUUUCGGCUUCCAAAAAACGCGGUAAUUGUCAUUUAUUCCGACUUCCGACAUUGUUUAUUGUAGUUAAAGGAAUUAAUUGAGUUUAUUUUAGUUUGAUUAGUAAAUCAGAUACAAAAAACAAAAAUGCUUAAACUCGUGAAACGAAUCCGGGGUCAAGAUUUAUCUCAAAAUGUUAACGAGGAAGUGAUUCUUAUGGGUAAACUUGGAAUGUUAAGCCCGAAUGGUAAAUCCUUUGAACUUGUCACAUUGGACGAUGUCAAAGUUAAUGUAUCAUUAUCAGAACCAUUUGAUGGAAAUUCUGAUUGUUAUUUAGAAGUUCAUGGAACUGUACAGUCAAAGACAACAGUAUUGUGUACCGCUUUCUUUGUCUUUCCGACUGAAGACAAUUUAAAUGUUGCGAAUGAAAACUACAAUGAAAUGUUACUAGUUGGAAAUUUACUUGGUGAUAAAAAAUGGUCAACAGGUGACGGUCCAUCGUUUUAAAUUUAUAGAAAAAAAUUAUUUUCUUUUAAAUGCCUCACGUGAUUGUAAUGUAAAUCGAUAAAUUAUUUUAUAAUAAAAAAAGUGUUAAAGUAAAA